AUGGAUUUUGGGUCCUUGGAGACCGUAGUGGCCAAUUCCGCCUUCAUCGCAGCCCGAUGCAGUUUCGACGGGAGCAGCGCCCAGUCCUUCAGGGACAAGAAGUACCUCGCCAAGCUCAAGCUGCCCCCGCUCUCCAAGUGCGAGGCCCUCCGCCAGAGCCUCAGCCUGGAGUUUGAGAGCGUGUGCUCGGAGCAGCCCAUCGGCAAGCGGCUCUUCCAGCAGUUCCUAAAGACAGACGCGAGGCAUGUGCCGGCCCUGGAGCUCUGGAAGGACAUCGAGGACUACGACACAACCGACGAUGAUCUCCGGCUGCAGAAGGCCCAGGCCAUCCUGGCUGAGUACUUGGACCCCCAGGCCAAGCUCUUCUGCGGCUUUCUGGACGAGGCACUGAUGGCCAAGGCUAAGGAGGGGCACGCAGCCAUCCAGGAUGGGCUCUUCCAACCCCUCCUCCAGGCCACCCUCGUGCACCUGAGCCAAGCCCCCUUCCAAGAGUACCUGGGGAGCCUGUACUUCCUGAGGUUCCUCCAGUGGAAGUGGUUGGAGGCCCAGCCCAUGGGAGAAGACUGGUUUCUGGACUUCAGGAUCCUGGGGAAAGGGGGAUUUGGGGAGGUGUCAGCCUGCCAGAUGAAGGCCACUGGCAAGUUGUACGCCUGUAAAAAACUGAAUAAGAAGAGGCUGAAGAAAAGGAAGGGGUACCAAGGUGCUAUGGUAGAAAAGAAGAUUCUAGAGAAAGUCCAUAGCAGGUUUAUAGUCUCUCUGGCCUAUGCGUUUGAAACCAAAACUGACCUCUGUCUGGUGAUGACCAUCAUGAAUGGAGGCGACUUAAGGUAUCACAUCUACAAUGUCCACGAGGAGAACCCUGGCUUCGAGGAGCCGCGCGCCACCUUCUAUACGGCCCAGCUCAUCAGUGGGCUGGAGCACCUUCACCAGCGCAGGAUCAUCUACCGGGACCUCAAGCCCGAGAACGCCCUCCUGGACAGUGAAGGCAAUAUCCGAAUUUCUGACCUUGGGCUGGCCGUGGAACUGAAGGACGGGCAGAUCAAGACUAAGGGCUAUGCAGGGACCCCAGGUUUCAUGGCCCCUGAACUGUUGCGCAGUGAGGAGUAUGAUUUUUCAGUAGACUACUUUGCCUUGGGGGUCACGCUGUAUGAGAUGAUUGCUGCCAAAGGACCCUUUCGAGCUCGAGGAGAAAAGGUGGAGAACAAGGAGCUCAAGCAAAGGGUCCUUUCAGAGGUUGUGAAGUACCCAGAGAAGUUCAGCAAGGCCAGCAAGGACUUCUGUGAGGCGCUGCUCGAGAAGGACCCAGAGAAGCGUCUUGGAUUCAGAAAUGGGACUUGUGACGUGCUCCGUGCCAACCCUCUCUUUAAAGACAUUAACUGGAGACAGCUUGAGGCUGGGAUGCUGAUACCUCCUUUUAUCCCAGACUCUAGAACUGUCUAUGCAAAGAACAUUCAGGAUGUAGGUGCCUUUUCCACAGUCAAAGGUGUGGUCUUUGACAAGGCAGAUACAGACUUCUUUCAGGAAUUUGCAACCGGCAACUGCCCCAUUCCCUGGCAGGAGGAGAUGAUUGAAACAGGCGUUUUUGGGGAGCUCAACGUGUGGCGUUCUGACGGGCAGAUGCCGGACGACAUGAAGGGAAUCACGGUGGCGGAGCCAACCACCUCGUCCAAAUCAGGAAUGUGUCUGGUUUCCUAG